CGUGGUUGGCCCUGGUCACGCAGCCACCCCGGAGUCCGCGUCGAGUCGAAGAACCAAGCCUCCCGAAAUAUCUCGAGCUUCCGCCGCCGGCCACUCGCGGGGGCCCCCCAGCCACGCGGGUUGUCCGCUCCGGUCCAAAUGAGACCCCCCUCGGCGACGACGGAGGCUGCUCCGGGCAAGACAUGGCGGAGGGACGGGCGGUCCGCCGUCGGUUGCUUUGUCGCGAGGCCGCGGGCGAUCUUGAGAGAUGGGCAUGAUAUACUUCGUAAGUUACGGCAAGACGGAUGCGCUGCGAAGCUUGUGGCUUUGCGAGCUGCUAGCAGUGCUAUCCGCCCGUGCAGCGCAGCACACUCGGUGCCAGUCCCUUGCCCGAGCUCGCGUGGGGGAGGGUAGCUGUCGUGGGCGGACCGCGCUGUCUUGAGACGCGCCACCUCACGGACGAGGAUGCGAUGCCGUUGAAACCUCACGCCGGCUGCAAGGGCGCUGCUGCGCAUCUCCGACGCCUUGCUGUCCGAGGAGAUGGCACGGCGUCCAGCAUCACCGAUGGCCCGCAGCCGGCAUUGGCUGAGAGUAGAGGUACCAGACAUGGAUGGGGCCAGGCAGGCAACUAACUUGUGGACGACUUGUGCAGUAUACCUAGCCUUGAGGCUUCUACUUUGUACGACGUUGGCGAAACCCCUCCGGAGAUAUGCCUGGUGAUGAUGCCUAUCCAUCACCAUGGCUGCCUCUUUCACACCCAUAGACAAAGUACGUACGAUGAAGUGAACUACUGACACUCAACGUCCGCGCCCGCACUCUGAUGAGCGCCAGCGGAGUCCGUCGGCCCCGCCCGUCAGUCAGUCAGGCCGCUUCCUCGGCACUCAAUCGGCUUGGGCUGCGCCUUCGCGCCGGCCGCCGCUCUUGGAUCGCCCAUCUCAACCAAGGGCUGUUACAAGGACACGAGAGGUCAUUAGCAAGGCAACGACGCAAAACAUGGUCCAGCGCCUCGCCUUCCUGCCUUGGAGUCGAGCGACGGACGCCGCAGUCGUCGCCGCGGCGGCAUGCCUUUCGCUCUACAUCUGGCUGCGCCCCGUCCUCGGCGAGCCAUCCCGGCCGAGGCGGCACAUCACCGCGAGGGCUCGUGAAUCGGCUCGAAAGGCUUCGUCCGAGGCCGCCGCUCUACCAUAUGCUCCUGAUGUCUUCCCCGGCGGCCGGGAUGUCGAGACCGAGUACGGGACGAUCAAGGUGUUUGAAUGGGGCCCCGAGGACGGGGAAAAGGUGCUGCUGAUGCACGGCAUCGGCACGCCGUGCGUGGCCCUCGGGGACAUGGCCAAGGAGUUUGUCGAAAGGGGGUGCAGGGUGAUGCUAUUUGACUUCUUUGGCAGAGGGUACUCGGAUGCCCCCGUGGACGUUCCGUACGACGAGCGUCUGUACGCGACCCAGAUCCUCCUCGUCCUGGCGUCGUCGCCCCUCCCCUGGACCGGCUCUUCGGCCUUCCACCUCCUCGGCUACUCCCUGGGCGGCGCUCUCGCCGCCUCCUUCGCCGCCUACCACCCGUCCCUGCUGCGGUCCCUGACGCUCGUCUGCCCCGGCGGACUGGUCCGCCCCUCGCACGUCAGCCUCAAGAACCGCCUGCUCUACACGCAGGGCGUCCUGCCGAGCUGGCUCGUCACGGCCCUGGCGCGCCGCCGGCUGGAGCCGAGGCGCGGGACCGCCAGCGCCGAUGUCCCCGUGGGCGACGACGUGGAUGCGGACGCGGACGUCGACUUUGACGAGGUCCCCGUGUCGACGCAGGAGGAUGAGGAGGAGAAAGAGAAACAGAACGGCCAGACGGGCGCUGCUGCCGUGCUGCGGGUCGGCGACGUGGUCAGGUGGCAGCUGGCCGAGAACGAAGGCUUCGUCGGAGCCUACAUGAGCACGAUACGCAACGCCCCCAUCUACGGGCAGCACGACAAGGCCUGGGUGCGGCUGAGCGAGGAGCUCGCGCGGCGGCGGCGUGGUGGCCCCGGGGAGGUGCCGCCGGGCCUGGACGGCGGGCGUAUGUGUCUGAUUCUCGCGGACAGGGACCCCAUCGUCGUCAAGGAGGAGUGGAUCGAGGACUCCAAGGCCGUGCUCGGCCAGGACGGCGUGGACAUUCACGUGGUCGGCGGUGGCCACGAGAUUGCCAUCUCUAAGGGUCGGGAGGUGGCCGAUGUGGCCAUGGCGGCCUGGAAUAGACGGGAGAGGACUAUAAAGAUAGAUGACCAGUCUUUUAUAGCGCUAUAGAAGCCCACGGAUCCACGACAGCAUUGCAAUAGACAAGAGAGAAACUAUAGAGAUGGUUGACCAGUCUUGUAUACCAGCGCUAUAGAAGUCGAGAAAUCCAG